GAUAGUAAACGUAAUGUAUGUACAUUGUAUACUUGCUACAUUUUAUAGUAAAAGUGUCUUUACUGAUGUUUAACCUGAAUUUAUGAAUAACAUUAUUGUAAUAAAUAUUGUACAGUGGCAUUGGUGGAAGAUCCAAUUGUAUCUAUAUUGUCUGUGAAUCCGAAGCUAUAAUCAGAAGUGGUGUGCCAGCUUUGGUGGGAUUUUUAUUACGGAAUCCGAGAAAUAGCUUAAUAACCACGACCCAUCUGUUAGAGCGAUGAUCCUGCUAUUGGUUUUGACAGUAUUGCCUGUUUGUAUUUAUGGAGAUAUAUGUACUGACAGCAAAAAGUUAGAAGAAAUAGCAACAAGUUGUGCUACAAAAGACAUCCUCACGUUCUACCAGUCGACAACAACUGAGGAAAAGUGUGGAUAUUUGCUAAAUAAUGUACAGGGGUGUGUUUUUGAUACAGUCAAUACUACAUACGAUGAGGUUUGCUCGCUCAAAGAACAGCAUCAAAUGAUUGUUGACUUCAAGGAUGAAGUGCAGCAAUUUCUUCAGUUUGAUAUUAAUCUAUGUAUACCACCGAGAUCAUGCAGCAAUAUCCAGUCCAUACUUUACUAUUUACCUGUUAUAUGUGAAUCUGUAUACUAUCAGUAUGUCCAGACUGGAAAUUGUAGUACGUAUUUAGAUGACCUAAAUUGCUACAAAGGCAACAUUAAUACAACUGAAACAUGUGAUAUCAGCAUUAUGAAUAAUAUCAUCAAGUCUAAUAUUGAUAUGUGGACAGGGUCCACUCAACAGCAUACAAACUGCCCUGCAGGGAUUACAGCGAAAACACAAGGGGAUGCCAAUUCAGCAGAUACGAUUUCGUCAUAUUUUUAUUUUGUUCUAACUUGUUAUUUUUUGUGUUUACCUUUUGUUUUCCUUAUUCUUUAAUAAAUAAAGUGUUUUUGUA